AUGCCUCAGGAUAUGCCCCCUACAGGGGGCUACGCCCAAGUCCAGUACAAGCGGAAUCUCCCUGCCCGAGGCUUCAAGCCAUGGGUGUACAUGGUUGGUAUGCAUGCGAUCAUGGCGUACGGUUUCUACAGAUACUUCGGUGGUGUUCGUGAGCAGCGUGAGCUUGCCCGUGAGAAGAUGUGGGCCCGUCUGUACCUCACCCCCCUCCUCCAGGCUGAGGAGGACCGUGACCAGGUCCGUCGCUACUACGCCGACAAGGCGCGUGCCAACGAGCUCUUCGGUGACGACCAGAAGGUCUACAACUCUGACCGCUUCGUUCGCCCUACUUUCGCCUAUACCCCCGGUAAACUCACCCAAUAA